AUGGCCCAAAUCAGACGACUUCCCCCGUCCCUAACGACAAAAACUACUCUCUUCUCCGCGCUUGCUGUCUUCGGUAUCGGCGCCUAUUGCGCUCGAUCUUAUCUUCUUCCCCAGGCUCACGCGGAAUCAGACGAGCCGCCCGUCAUGUUCUCCGGGUUCGGGCUUACGACUCUACGCCUGCAGAGCGUCAAGGCUGUGAACCAUAAUACGAAGCGGCUUGUAUUUGAGUUUCCGGACAAGAAUGCUAGGAGUGGGUUGUCGUUGACUUCGGCACUACUUACACUCUCCCGACCGACUGGACGGUGGCUACCCGUUAUCAGACCAUAUACUCCAAUCGGUGAUCUAAACCAACAAGGAUCCCUAGAACUAAUGGUAAAACAAUACCCCAACGGCAAAGCAAGCACCCACAUCCACUCCCUCGUCCCCGGGGAUACCCUUACCUUCCUCACAGCCCUCAAGGGCUUCUCCUGGGUUCCGAACCAAUACCCCCAGAUCUAUGCUAUAGCCGGCGGAGCUGGCAUAACCCCAAUCUACCAGCUUAUUCGGGGCAUUUUGGAUAACCCGAACGAUAAGACAAAGAUUAAGCUCGUCUUCGGGGUGAAUAGUGAGCAGGAUUUGCUGCUCCGGGAGGAACUGGAGGAGUACAAGAGGCGGUUUCCUGGGCGGUUUGAGUAUGUUUACACGGUUAGUCGGUUGGAGGGGGAGAAGGAAGGAUUGAGGAAGGGAUAUGUUACUGAGGAGCUUCUGAAGGGGGUUGUUGAUGGGAAGGGCGAGGGUGCGAAGGUAUUUGUUUGUGGGCCGCCAGCCAUGGAGGAGUCGUUGGUUGGGAAGAGGGGGAUUUUGAAUAGGCUUGGGUUUGAGAAGGGGCAGGUUUUCAAGUUUUAG